GCCGUAGUAAUGACAAACAUUGACAAACAGCUGUUCUUCUGUGUGCUACACUCCACGCACGUGGAAAGCCGCCUGCGUUAAAGAAAAAAGUGUCGUCCAGCGCGAUGGAGCCUGUGCUCAGAACACAUCCUGACGCAACAAAAGAAGAAAUUCGUCAAUUGGUUUGGCACUACAUCGAAGAAAACGAUCUGGCAAAUUUUCCAAGACCCGUUUACAACAGAAUACCAAAUUUCAAGGCUGCAGUUCAGGCCUGCAAUAAGCUCACAGUCCUCCAGGAGUUCAAGUCCAGCCAAACAGUCAAAGUUAACCCAGACAGACCUCAGGAGCAGGCGCGGUUCCUUACUCUGGAAGCACAGAAAACGCUGUUGGUCCCUACUCCUCGCCUACGCACAGGCCUCUUCAACAAGAUCACUCCUCCUCCAGAUGCCACUAAAAAACAUCUCCAUAUAUGUUCUAGUUCACAGGGUGUGAAGGAUUUUAGUGUACCUGUGUCUCUUGAUGCUAGAAUGAAGGUCGACCUUGUGAUUGUUGGCUCUGUUGCAGUGUCUGAAAAAGGUUUUCGUAUUGGGAAAGGAGAGGGAUACGCUGACAUGGAGUAUGGCAUAAUGGCCUCAAUGGCAGCAGUUAACGAGUCCACUGUGGUGGUCACUGUUGUACACGACUGCCAGGUGGUGGAAAUUCCAGAGAGACUCAUCGAGAGUCAUGACCUGACAGUGGACUACAUCCUCACACCCACCAGAGUUAUAAAAACUGACUGUCAGCUCCCCAAACCACAGGGAAUCAUCUGGUCUAAGCUGGACAAGGAGAAGUUGGAGAAGAUACCAAUCCUAAAGAAGCUGCGCACUCUUGAGGAGCAGACAGGGAAGGAUGUCACUCUGGGGGAGGUGCUGGCUAAAGCUGAGUCCAGUCAGGCCAAGAAGCCAACCACACAGAGGCCGAGACAGAACUCACAUAAAGAUGUGGAGGAGGAACCCAAACAAGCCCCCAAACAUGAGCAGGGAACAGUGCCUCAGCAGAGGAGCAGGCAGAGAAGAGCGAGAGUGACAAAUGCAAACAAAGAAGAUGGCGCAGGAGUGAGUGAGGGAGAAAACCCCAAAGCAAAAGCUGUUGCUACACAGAGAGAAAAGGGAUCAGAAGAGCCCAGUGGUACCUUGUCAUCUCGCCCCAAGAUUCCAGACACAGUGACCAGCCUGUACCUCGGCGGCAUCCCGCCCGAGCUGCGUGUGAGUGAACUGAAGACUAUGCUGCGAGAGAAGGGGGCUGUCCCGCUGAGGCUCACCUGGCAGGGAGCUCAGCACAGGGCCUUCUUGGACUACACUGACCCCCAGGCAGCAGAGCAGGCCCUCACGGCCCUGCAGGACCUCUCUGUGAAGGGGUGUGAGCUGCAGGUGGAGCUGGCCAAGAGCCAGAGAAAAUCGAGGAGAGGGCCGCACCAGUCAAAACGAGCCCAACAGGAGAGUAAUACUACCAACCCAGAAAAACAACGCUCCAUCACAGAUAAUAAAAAGUAGAAACAAAAGAUGUUUUUUUUCCCCAAGCUCUCCAUAAUUUUAUGUUAAACAAACCAUGAUAAUUUGAGGUCUUAAAUUUAAUAUUUCAUUCAUCAAAUUAUUAUUUUUUUUAAGACCAUAAUAUACACGAUGGGUUUCUUUGAGGUGUUAAACGACAUAUUGGCUUUCUAUAAGUAUUCUACUGCCUGUCAACCAAACUGCAGGGCCAGUUAUACAAAAUGUGCAUUUCAGUAAAACUAGUUAAAUCUUAAUUUUGGAUUGAGGAAAAAAUGCAGUAUAAACACAGUUUAUAGUAUCGCUAAUUUUAUGAUAUUGAUCAAGAUCAGACAGAUGCAUUUGAAUGUUCACUCUUGUGUCCCAUUUUUGUUUUGUUAACAAAACCUAAAUGAAAAAAAUAAAAGCUAAAUAACAUCACUCUGACUGUCUCUCUUACCUGCUAGAAUUGUUGCUUUAAAGAGUUGACAUGUCUCUGGAGUCCUAGCUGUGGAGAACAAGCGUGCGGCCUGUCUGUCUACAUGUAGCAGCCCAGGCUUGGAUCUGGAUCUGUCAGUGUGGGCCAUGUCGAGGAACAGCUGUGGAGCGUCCCAUGCCUCUGCCACUCUCAAACUCACUAAUGUCCCAGACUUGUUCUGAUCAAACUGCCAUUCUGCCUCAGUGGCAUUUUACUAGAGUUCAUGCUGUGGUCAUGUCACUGGAGAGUAAUGCUGUACACCCCAGACACCACGUACCCAUGGAUGCAUAUAAGCUACAAUCACGAACUCCAUGCACACAUGGGGUC